CCAGGGGGGCUCCUCCCUUUUAACCUUGCGAGUGGACCGACAGGCUGUGUAAAUGUGUAUAUUUUUGUUUGGAAAUACAGCGUUUGUCUGCUAGCUAAUUUAGCCCCCGUCCGUUGGUAGUGUAAUCGCUAGCGGUGGCUGUCUUAACUGUUAGCCAGUGCAACAAAGCUGGCUAGCGGCUAACGUUAGCGCUGUGCUAGCUCAAUGAAGUGCUAUCAGUCUGUGGUGUAAAGAAAGAUGCAGCAACACUGUUCAAGUUCAGCAAAACACUUCCACAGUGUACAACCGGCACUUGUGAGGCAUGGCUCAGAUGAGGAAGCUGGCAUGUGAAGGCAUCAGGACGAAUUCCCGGGCUGAACCUCAAGUCCCGCUGGUGUCGGCCAGACAGGAGAUCCUCACCAGCCUGGUGUCCGCCCUCGACUCGGUGUGCAUGGCCAUGUCCAAGCUCAACGCUGAGGUGGCGUGUGUCACCGUGCAUGAGGACAGCGUGAUCGCCGUGGGCACUGAAAAGGGACGGGUGUUUCUGAACUCCAGGAGGGAAAUCCAAACAGACUUCUACAAGUUUUGCCGGGUGCCCUGUCUGCAGACUCUGACCGCAGCGAAUGCCCAUACCAAAGUCCAGGAAGGUGAGCUCAGCAAGUUGAGCAAAGAGGGCGAACACGGGAAACCAAGAGCUCCAUCAGAGGCCCAGUCCAACAUCUUUGUCCUGAGGAAGAUGGUGGAGGAAGUCUUCACUGUACUUUACAGUGAGGCUGUGGGAAAGAGCAGCCUGGUCCCUGUGCCUUAUGAGUGGAUCCAGAAGGACCCCAGCUGUGUGGUGGCCCACGGCUUACCAGAGGGAGUCAGCCUGAAGAAACCCUCCGAGUACGACACCAAGACGCUGAUGAAGAUCCUGGAGCAGAGCCAUCGCAUCCAGUUCACCGUCAAGAGGCCUGCAGAAGAUUCGUUAAGAGAGGCCAAGUCCACCACGGACGUCAACCACAACUCCUCCCCAGCGGUUAUGACGCCCAGCAGCCACGGCCCAGGAAAGAUCACCGCGCAGGUAGUCACGUCAUCAAGUCCCGCCUCUUCCAGCAACUCUGUUCUGUCUAGCUUCCUGUACGGCAUGCCCAUGUCGUCCAAGCCGCACCCGGACGGCAAGCUGGACCUCAAGCCCAUGUCGCUGCUCAACCUGGGCAAGGACAGGCUGGGCAGCUGGACAGCAGGCGCAGACAAGGGCACACCUGUCAAGGACUGUGCUAGCAAUGGAGGGACCCAUGACUCAGUGGUGCUGCAGACGAGCAGUGUGAGCAUGCGUCUUAACCAGGGUGCUGCUGGAGACGCAUGGUGCAUCGAUGAGACAACAGGACUACCUGGUGAGCUGGGCCAGAGCCCUCCUGGUAUCCACAUCUCCAAGAGGCUACUCUUCUCAAUAGUACAUGAGAAAUCAGAAAAAUGGGACUCCUUCAUUCGGGAAACUGAAGACAUCAACACGUUGAGAGAAUGUGUUCAGAUCUUGUUCAACAGUAGAUAUGCUGAAGCCCUGGGGCUGGAUCACAUGGUGCCUGUGCCCUACCGCAAGAUAGCAUGUGACCCUGGGGCCGUGGAGAUCAUCGGCAUCCCUGACCAGAUCCCUUUCAAGAGGCCCUGCACCUACGGAGUUCCCAAGCUUAAACGAAUCCUGGAUGAGCGCCAUGGAAUCCGUUUCAUCGUCAAACGAAUGUUUGAUGAAAGGAUUUUCACUGCUGCUGGCAAGGUUGCCAGGGAGGAGGGCAAGCAUGACCUGGGCUCCAUGGCCGAAGACAGUUUCCCUGACAAUCUCAGCAUCCCGCCCACCACAGCAGAGCUGGUCAGCAAUCCUCACAGCAGCAGAUCAGCAAGUGCAUGUGUGAGUCCCUUGGCUGAUUGUGAAGCAGGUCCUUCGGGAGAUUGCAUUCCUGUGAAAAGGAUUAAAACUGAGCCUCCAGAUGGGGAAAUCAUUCAAGUUACAGUGCCAGCAAUACAGAAAAGCUCUGUGUUGGUCUCUCCAGACGCCAGCAUGAGUGGGGAGGAGCCCAGCGAGUCUGUGGCCGAGCCGGUCGUGGCUGCAGCGUGUCCAGCCACGGCCUCGCCCUCCGCCCCCCAUCACCCCAUGGAGAACCACGCAGCUGAAGCUCUGUCACCCAGCGCAGCUGUCCAGGGCAUCAGAAGAUCCUCUGAAGCAGGGAGUCUCGUGGAGGAUAUUGGUGAAAUGAUUCUCCAGCUCCGGAGACAAGUGGAAAGCCUGUUCAGCAUAAAGUAUGCUGAAGCUCUCGGCCUGCCUGAACCGGCCAAGGUACCGUACUCCAAGUUCCAGAUGUACCCAGAGGACCUGUACGUCACCGGGCUGCCGGAGGGAAUCUCUCUGCGGAGGCCCAACUGCUUUGGAGCCGCUAAACUGCGCAAAAUCCUGGCUGUUAGCAAUCAGAUCCAGUUUAUUAUAAAAAGGCCUGAGCUGUUAACCGAGCAAGUAAAACAAGAGAUGCCUUCCAUCCCCGCGGGUGAUUCAGAGCCGGACACCAAGGACGCAGUAACGGUAACAGAGGAUACUGCAGUUGUAUCCAAGAGACCUGGAUUCUCAGACUGCCUGGAGGCCAAGCUGUCCAGAAUCGACCUGGCCAACACGCUGCGAGAGCAGGUCCAAGAUCUGUUCAACAGGAAGUACGGCGAGGCAUUGGGCAUCAAGUACCCCGUCCAAGUGCCUUAUAAGAGGAUCAAGAGCAACCCGGGCUCAGUCAUCAUCGAGGGCCUUCCGCCUGGCAUCCCCUUCAGGAAGCCCUGCACCUUCGGCUCCCAGAACCUGGAGCGGAUCCUCGCGGUCGCCGACAAGAUCUGCUUCACCAUCACCAGACCUUUUCAAGGACUCAUUCCAAAACCAGCACCUCGACGUAUCACUUUACUAAAGAAGGCCUACGCCUCGAUAAGUGAUGAUGAAGAUAUCAACCGCAUGGGGGAGAAAGUAGUCCUUCGCGAGCAAGUCAAAGAACUUUUCAACAAGAAAUACGGUGAGGCUCUGGGCUUAGACCGGUCCGUGGUGGUCCCGUACAAGCUAAUCCGUGCCAGUCCAGAGGCUGUAGAAGUCAGUGGCCUUCCAGACGAUAUUCCCUUCCGAAAUCCCAACACGUACGACGUUGUCUGCCUGGAGAAGAUCCUCCAGGCCAGGGAUGAAAUCACCAUCAACAUCAAGAGUCAGCUUCAGCCUUUUGCAGAAAUCUGUACCCAAUCCUGUAACACAGAAGGAACAGAAGCCUCCACCAAUCGACGCAAGCGCAAGAGAGUCCAGGAGAGCAACCGAGUACCUGUAUCCUCUGAGCUGGGGGUGUCAACCAGUCAGAUUCCAGUGAUGCAAUGGCCCAUGUACAUGGUGGACUACAGUGGUGUGAAUGUGCAAGUUCCCGGCAAAGUCAAAUACUGAAGGACAAAACCUCUAUUACAGCAAAGGGAUAAAAUAAUGAGUUUGUCAAGCUGAUAUUUAUUACUAUUCCCUAUCAAACCUUAACACUUUGCCAGAGUGCUAUGACUAAAAAAAAAAAAAAAAAAAAAAAAAAAAAACUCUACAGACUGAAAAUAGAGACCCGGGGGUUUGACUUUGUGAAUGAUGGCCUAAAAGUGUUGAGGAACAACAAGAAUGUAUGUGGAUCAAAAAGUUGCAGGGCAAAAGCUUGGAUUGUUUUUGUCUCCCACGAGCCCACACAGUGCUGGCAAGACAACUGUCAUUUUUUUAAAAAAACUUUUAUUUUUAAAGCCGAUAAUUCUGGUUUUAAAAAAAAAAAAGAUAAAAAAAAAAAAAAGCUCAAUACUGUAUUUGCCCUUGCAUUUACCAAGUGUCCAUCCAUUGAGGUCACGCCGUUGGAUCCAACCUGGAAAUAUUCGGUCGCGAUGUUAUUACUGACAACACACACACACACACACACACACACACACACACACACACACACACACACACAAGUCUUUGAUAGCAAUCUGGUUCCAUAAUAUUCAGAUGUUUGUACUUUUUAUUUAUUAUAUUUAUUGAAAUAUAACAUGAUGUGCAGGGAUGUAAAAUACAUUAUUCUGUAAUACAGCUCCUCGAGGAACUAUCAGAACACUAACACAGAUGCUACUAGUAACUCAGUACCUACAGGUAACCGCUGAAAACGAAACAAACACACCGACAAUUAAGUGUCUUAAUUGGGUGUUGGGCCGACCACAAGCCAUCAGGACGCCGAAGGAGACAAAAUGCCUUCCAGACAGGUAGAGACUCUCCCGUCCCGCUGGUGGGAGUUCACCUGCAGCCGCAGCAGCAGCAGCACUAGAAUCGAGACAUCAGAGAAAAACCUCCUCACACUUCAUAUGUUAGCACAUUAACAGUAUGUAAAAUAUCUCAUUUAAAGUCAAACUGAAUGUAACAUGUAAAGGAAAGAAUGGUAUGUGUUAUUCUGCGAUGACUGUCUCUGGACUAACGAUAUUUAAUAUGCUGUACCUUAACGCCAAUUAGGCCUUUGAAAUAAAAUGUGUUGCCUUG